AUGACAAAAACUCAAAUUCAACAAACGCCACAAACUCAAGUUCAAACACGAAACAAACUCAAGUUCAACAAAAACCACAAACUCAAGUUCAACAAACGCCACAAACUCAAGUUCAAACACGACACAAAUUCAAGUUCAAAAACAACAGAAACUCAAGUUCAAAAACGCCACAAACUCAAGUUCAAACACGUCACAAACUCAAGUUCAAAAUCACCACAAACUCAAGUUCAACACAACACAAACUCAAGUUCAACAAACACUCAAACUCAAGUUAGAAAACACCACAAACUCAAGUUCAAACACAACACAAACUCAAGUUCAACCAACACACAAACUCAAGUUCAAAAACACCACAAACUCAAGUUCAAACAUGACACAAACUCAAAUUCAACAAACGCCACAAACUCAAGUUCAAACACGAAACAAACUCAAGUUCAAAAACCACACAAACUCAAGUUCAAAAAACACACAAACUCAAGUUCAACAAAAGCCACAAACUCAAGUUCAAACACGACACAAACUAAAGUUCAAAAAAAACCACAAACUCAAGUUCAAACACGACACAAACUCAAGCUCAACAAUCACACUAACUCAAGUUCAAAAACACCACAAUCUCAAGUUCAAACACGAAACAAACUCAAGUUCAACGAACACAAAAACUCAAGUUCAAAAACACUACAAACUCAUGGUCAAACACACUACGAACUCAAGUUCAAACACGACAAAAAAACUCAAGUUCAACAAACACACUAA